AUGCUCGCAUACGACCUCAUCAAACAAUACAAGGGCAACCAAACCGGCGAGAUCCCCGGUAUUCUACCCGGCCCGCCAACCGAGCACAAGGGCGACUACUACUGGUGGGAAGGAGGCGCCAUGAUGGGCACAUACAUCGACUACUGGAAGCUGACGGGCGACUCGGCCUACAAUGACCUCGUCAUGGAGGGCAUGCUUCACCAGACCGGCCCCAAUGCCGAUUACAUGCCGCCAAACCAUACCGCAUCGCUGGGUAACGACGACCAGGGCUUCUGGGGUAUGUCCGCCAUGUUGGCCGCAGAAAACAAAUUCCCGAACCCGCCCGAAGAAAAGCCUCAGUGGCUGGCACUGGCGCAGGCCGUGUGGACGACGCAGGCGAGCCCUGACCGCCACGACGAUACCUGCGGUGGAGGUUUGAGAUGGCAGGUGCCGUUCUCCAAUGCUGGAUACAACUACAAGAACACCAUCGCAAACGGAUGUUUCUUCAACAUUGGCGCCCGCCUCGCCAGAUACACCAACAACGACACGUACGCGCAGCACGCCGAGAAGACCUGGGACUGGCUCUGGGCCGUCAACUACAUUGACCACGAGUCCUGGAACGUUUACGACGGUGGCCACGUCGAGCACAACUGCACCGACGUCAACAAGCAGCAAUUCUCCUACAACGCGGCUAUUCUCACGCAGGGCGCCGCUUUCAUGUACAACUACACCAACGGUUCCGACGUCUGGAAAGGCCGCAUCGAAAAGAUGACAGAAUCCCUCUUCCUCAACUUCUUCCCCAACAACACCGCCUACGAGCUGGCCUGCGAGGGCCGCAAGGGCCAGUGCACCGCCGACAUGUUGUCCUUCAAGGGCUACGUCCACCGCUGGAUGUCCGUCGUCACGCAGGUCGCCCCCUUCAUGAAGGACAAGAUCCUCCCCGUCCUCAAGGAGUCGACGCAGCACGCCGUCAACCAGUGCACGGGCGGCGCCGAGGGCCGCACUUGCGGCUUCUACUGGAAUGAGCAAGUCUAUGUCGAUCCGGCCGUCGACAAGACCUCUGGUGCUGGCGAGGUCAUGAAUGUUUUGGCCGCGGUGUCGAGUCUGCUUAUCGAGGAUGCCGCGCCGCCUGUUACGAAUAUGACGGGUGGUAUCUCGGCGGGUGAUCCUGAUGCUGGAAGCAAGAGUAAGGACAAUAUUGAGCCGGAGCCCAUCACGACGGCGGACAAGGCCGGUGCGGGUAUCUUGACUUUCAUCGUCCUUGCUGGCGGUCUGGGUACGUGGGGAUGGAUGAGUCUGGGUGACUGA